AUGCCAGGGUGGCAAGGACAGGAUAACGUGUUAAAUGUAAGAAACCUGGAGGGUAAAUCAACAACAACUCAAUUAUACUUACCAACAGAUGAAAUCAGUCGAACCCAGUCCUAUACAAUUCAACAAGGCCAACCAGAACCAACAAAAACGUGUAAAUGUGGGAAAUGCGUUAUUUUUAUCCUCUUGAUCCUCAUAAUUGGUAUAGCAGUUGGAAUCUACUUUGCAGUGGUAUCGUCUGGAACGGAGGGACAACAAGCUGUGAACAAAGCGAGUACUUUGUCAAAGUCAUCAAAUGACACGUAUUCGGACGAAAUGUCAAACGACCAUCCAAAGAUGAAACCUACAACAGUGAAGGACACGGUGUCCACAACGGAGUCAAUACCAACACAAUUUUCUGACGUCAUUUCAACAGCUGACCAUUCUGAAUUAUUACCUAUUCCUACAAUUACUGGUCAAGAUAUUAUACUGAGAAGUGUGGGAAACAUUGGACAGAACAACACUGAUGAUCCUCUGUUUUCAACCGACCCGCUUUGCAGAAAUCAGGACAACGCGGCGAUGUUCGUCUUCAAGUGUUUCAAUCCUCAUGAAUUUGGAAGUUUUCCAGAUAACGAUACUGUGAAAUGCUUGUACUUGCGACAGGUAGGAACUUGUUUGGAACUUUUGGUGGAAGAACGAUAUCGUGUUACGUGUAAUGAACUGGACCAGCUCUACGUAUUCAAAUCCAGUGCUGACCUCAUCAAGAAGAGUGUAAAGUUUGACGUCAUUGUCCAAUGCCCAGAAUGGUGGGAUUACUACAACGACGCUUUGAACAACACCACCGAUACUGUGAAUCACACCUUAUCAUGA